AUGGUUAAACCCGAAAAACCAUCUGCUCAUGACAGGAGUAGUGACGCCAAGUACAAAGGUGUGAGAAAAAGGAAAUGGGGUAAAUGGGUGUCGGAAAUCAGGCUACCAAACAGCCGUGAAAGGAUCUGGUUAGGCUCCUACGACACACCGGAAAAGGCCGCAAGAGCCUUCGACGCCGCUCUCUACUGUCUCCGUGGCAGCACCGCCAAGUUCAACUUUCCCGACCAAAUCCCUGACAUUCCCGGAGGUACAUCGUUGCCUCCUUCCGAGAUCCAAGCUGCAGCUUCUCGCUUUGCAAACUCCAUCUCCAACUCCAACUGCACCACCACCGAAGAUAAUAACUCCUCCUCUUCCAGUUCUUCUGAGGAGUCCCCUUCGCCUUCCAUCUCCGACGGAGCUUUUCAGACGGAUCAUGGUGAGGCGUCGACUUCCCAAUCCCCGCCGCUCGACCCAACAUCUCCGUUUCUAAAUGACUUCAGCUACAUGAAUCUUGAUCAUAAUGAUAUUGGUAACAGUACCACCUAUAAUAAUACUGGCGUGCCGGAUUUUGGGAUAUUUCCAGGAUUUGACGAUUAUUUCAUGACAACGACGCCAACUCCGAGUGAUUAUGGAGAAGAUAACAGUGAUGGGAUAUACUUGCAAGGGUCAUCAUUCCUUUGGAACUUUUAA